AUGGGAGGCUACUCUGUUGUGUUUUCUCUAUCAACAAACAAUUACAAAGCAUGAGGCUGAUGAACGUUUAAGUUUCAUAGCUUUGCUAGAAGAAUCAACAGACAGUAAGCCGUUAAAUAGUGGUUCCAUCUAUUAAAUAAACAGAUCUAGAUCUAUCUAGGUCCCUGACAACCUGUCCUGCCUGAGAUUGUAGAUUCUUGUAGGUUCUGCUGCCACUGCUUGUAUGGACAUGUUAUCCAGCCAGACAGCUGAUGGAUGUGGAGAAACUAUUCCAGACACAUCAGUUACUGGUUGCCAUGGUGCUGACAUGGAACAAUCUAGAAGCACUAAGCCAGUCACCAGGUGUGAGAUGUGUCAGGUGGUUGCAGCCAAGUACACCUGCCCUGGCUGUGAGCUGAGGACCUGCUCGCUGUCCUGUGUCAAACAGCACAAGACACAGCUGGGCUGUUCAGGGGAGAGAAACAAGGCAGCCUUUGUUGACAUGUCCCAGUACUCCGAUGGUCACAUGUUAAAUGAUUACAGAUUCCUUGAGGACGCCAGCCGUAAGUUGUACAGCAACAAAAUGCCAGCUGAACAUCGCUACAAACAUUAUGGAUCUCCGUACCCAAACAAAAGAUGUAAACUGCUGAUGACAGCUGCAUACAAACGAGGGGUCAAAGUUCAUAUGGUGGCACCCAUGUUGUCCAAACACAAGACCAACACCAGCUUCUACACAAUCAAAACAGACAAAAUUGUGUGGCAUAUAGAAUGGAACUUUGUAGCAUCAAAAACUUUGGUCAAGGAUGAAAAAGUGCCAGAGGAUACCCCACUGAUGGACGCGGCCAAAAAGUUUGUCAACUUUGUGGAGCAUCCAGAGCUGAGGAAACCUCUGGAGGAAUACAAGAAGGAAAAUCUAGAACGUUCCAGGUUUUUGCUGAGGGUGGAUGGUCUACCUGCCAAUAGAACCAGGUACUUUGAGCUGAAGCCUGACCUGUCAAUCGCAGGGAACCUGAAAGGUCAUUGCUUGACCGAGUUCCCCAGUAUUGCUGUCCUACCCCCAUCUACAGGCGAAUGUGCUGAGUUCCUGCUUUUCUCUAAAGAUGACCUGGCCUAUAUGGAGUCGUCCAACCGUGUCCACAUGAUGAAAAACUUGCCAGGCCUCAACUACCAGGCAGAGCUAGAGCAGGAGCUCAUCAACCCACACUCAGAUAUUUUCUCCACACACACGACCCCCCACACAUGACCCCCCACACAUGAGGGGGUCAGCAGGCAGAGCUAGAGCAGGAGCUCAUCAACCCACACUCAGAUAUUUUCUCCACACACACGACCCCCCACACAUGAGGGGGUCAGGGUCAAAUAAACAUUCACUUCUUUCUUGA